AUGUGGAGGGUACCACUGGGACAAACAGCUUUCCGCUGCAGUUUCAAUGCUGACGACGAUCUUCCUGACGUUGAUCAGAGUUCCGCUCGUCCCGUCGCGCCGAUUUUGGACGCCGUCAAGCAGCACUCCAGUGACCUUCUACAAGAGUGUGAUGCUCUGAAGAUGGAGCAGGCUGAGAUUGUUGAAAGCUUUUCUGAAAUUGUCCAGAUGAUUUCGGACACCCAUGCACUUAUGGACAUGGCGACCAGACAUCUGGAUAACCUGCAGCGCGCGGCUGAAAAGAUCGCUAAGACCUUCGACACUCAACAACAGUGCAUCGCCAACCUCGAGCGGAAAAUCAAAGCCAACACUGAUAUGUUUCGGCGCUUGGCCAGGGAUGAGAACACCGACGCCCAGUGA